CUCCACGCGACAGUACCCUGCAGGACUCCGCGAGAGGAGCACGCGCGUGUCAGCCCCGCCGGUACAUUAUCAUUAACCAUUAACACGUUAAUCAUUAAGACACUUGCCUGAGAGGCUGCUGUGCAACCCGUUAAAAUAUUUGUGUUAUCUCCAGAACCGUGUUUUGUACCAAACAGUGCGUGAACGAUACAUUUUCCAGAGGAUUUCAUUUUUAUAAUAUCUUAUCGGGGAAUCAUGCCAUCAUCGCUAUCACGGCGGAGAUCAGCGGAGAGACACGACGCCAUUUGAAUUCGAGAUACCAUCCCUCACGGAGGAUCAUCUCCGAGCACCUCCGUGCCAUUCCGACCAUAGACGACGCGAGCGCCUGGCUGCGUUCGGAAAAUUCAAUUUUGAAAAAAGAAUAAAUCGAGACACGAAACUUAACACUCGUGUACCUACGCCUACGCCUUAUAAAAAAAACAAAACCCGAAUUCAAAAUUUAAAAUUUGAAAAAGGAACAUAGUGCCAACAGAAGAAAACAAAAAGGUUCGUUUACACAGCGCGUGUGUAAUCGUACAGUGAGUGUGUGGUGUGGACUAAAUUUGUGAAAGACACUAAGAUGGCCAGCACUGGUGGUGAGAUCUGGCUGCAGUGGUUCGCGUGCUGCUACCAGCCGGCGGCGCAGGCGCAGCGCACGCGCCGGAGAAUAGACAGGUCUAUGAUCGGCGCGCCUACGAACUUCCAGCACACAGGACACAUAGGGUCGACAGACGUGGACAUGCCGUCAUCGCUGCUCCACUCCAUCCAGAACCAGAUGCAGAGCAAAGGCGGCUACGAGAUGGCGUAUGGUGUUAAGGUUUAUUGAUCGAAAAGCGGCGCCGGUAUGGACGCUUGUGGCAAAACAGAGUGAUGUUUAUUGUGGUCACUGUAUUGUCCUAGGCAGGCCCGCAGGCUGAGUGUACAUAGAAACGUUAAGUUAGCUUCGGUCACUUAUAGUUUAAAAUCUACUUUAAACAAUCAGUUGCUAGAUACAAAAUGCGGUUAACCACAGUGAGUGAUAGAUCCCUUGUAGCCCUUUGGAAUGUUUUUUAUUUUUCAACGAAAUUGUAGAGUUACAUUUAUUACGUCGGAUUGACCCAGUGGUUUGGUAUUAAAAUUGGUUUAAAAUUAAACUCUUAAUAAAAAGAGUAAAAUUAAGAGAACUAGUAGUUACUAGAUAAUAGAGUCAAUAACAAAUUGUGUUUAACUCUUACAAGUCGGUUAUUUAAUUAAUUUUAAAACUGUCCUACAGUCCUUUCUAUCCACAGAAAAGCUAAAACUGCAAAUUAUUUAAUGCAAUUAUUACUGAGAACGCAAUCGUUGCAAACUUGCAAUCCUGAAAAAAAUAUUUUCAGCGAUUUUGUGGCCGAUGUAACAUUUUACUAUAGUGAUCGAAGCACAAUCAAAUGAAAUUAAUGCAAGUUACCUAUUUGAUUUACGAAGGAACUAUGUUUCUGUUUAUGAUCUUUGUUUAAUGUAAUGGAAAUAUUUAGCAAAAUUAGAAUACCUACUUGCGCAUUCUAGCACAUAAAUGUACUUAUUGAAACUAUUGAAAUACAUAUAAAAGCCUGUAAGUUUCAGGAUUUUUCGGUGCAUUUUUACUUUAUUAACAGCCAUAACUCGAUGUAGACAAUUUAAAGUUUUAUCCUGUUACGAAUAAACUUAUUAUAAAAGGAGGAUAUAAUGUUUUGUUUGCUUGUUUCUAGAGACACUUUACAAAUGGCAAUAAACACAUUACCACUCUUUGACGUCGCGCAGUCGGGUAAAAAAAGAAGUCAAAACACUGUGUCAUUUGCGUUUAUUUGUAAGAGGGUAGAAUAUUUCAAUACUCGAAUUAUUAUGACAAAGGUUUAAUUUAUACACAACCACAAUUUUAUGUACUUUAGUCCUGUGUCUCCUUAUAAACGUGACAACAGUCUUAUGUAAAAAGUGUGUUCUAGUAUAGUUUCUAUCUCCAAUGUAAUUUUAAUGUAAUCUUAUAGAAUUAAGAAUAAAAUAAACCGCGAACCAACAGACUAGCCUUUCCUUUUCCUAAAUGAAUAUUAGAAUUUAUUGUUAGUUACUGAAAGUGAAGGGAAAUUCUUGUUUACGAAUGUACAUAAUGUUAGCUGAUAAAUGAUCCAUUUUACAAUCUAAACUUUUAACGAGAAGUUUAGGUAAAUAAAUAGCUAAUUUUUCAAUCGUUGGUUAACUUAUCUGAAGAAUUAAUUUGGCACAUUGACAGUUUCAGUAUGGGAAAUAUGUAUCCACAAUACAUCUUCAAUUAACAUAUUUCUUUAUAAUAUCAAUAUACUCGUAAUAAUGUCAACUCUACCUUGCACGAAUUCCGUCGAUACUGCCUUUUUAAAUGUAUUUUUAUAUAAUUGUUAGAUAAUAUUAAAUGUGUAUGUACCGUUUUUUGUGUCUCUCUGAACUUACUUAGGUCUUCCUUAGGUACCUUGCCUAAAUACUAUUUAUUUAUGUUUCUAAAUUACUAUUUACCUUUUCACCGAUGUUCUUAUGACUUAUAAAAUAGUUUUAUUAUAUUUAGCAAUAAACGUGAAUAUUAAUAUUAUUAUACUUGCUUACAUUAUUAUUUCUUCGACUAUUUAUUAUGAAUAUAUCAGAAUAUAGUGUAUUCGCCAGUUCUGCUCAAUACAUAGUUGACCGUUGGUGUCAUUUUUUAAACAUUUAGUCUGAAAUAAGUUAUUCUCAUAAACUCUUAGAUUAAUAAAGCAUAAACUAUAGUUAUUCUUAUUACAAUUUUCAAUGAAUCGACUUUUUCUAAUCUUUUUUAAAUUCAUAUGAUUAUGUCCUAAGUAGUUGUUGUUUGCGAAUUUUUUGUAUGGAUUAUUCUAUUGUAUAAUAUAAUAAAUACUUAUGAAAAUGGUCUUCUUGCCCGAUCCGUUUUGGGCACUGAUUGACUUAAAAUACUACAGAGACUGAAGUCGGAAUAUUUAUGCUAAAAAUUACGUUAUAAAAUACUACAUGAUUGAAAUUAAAUAGUAUUUUAUAAUGUAAAACAAACUAUACUAUGUGUAAAGACUGUUAUUCUGACGAUCGUGAGCUUAGUUGGUUUGAUUCAAUAAACAAAAUGCAAUAUUUGUUAGGCAAUACUUUCUACAAUGAUAGUUUCUGAAUGCAAUUUUUGUUAGCGUGUCUCAUUUAGUAGAGAUUUAAACAUGUUUUAUGUACACUGGUAAAUAAUAUGUAAUAGUAAAACAGUACCAUACCGUAGUACCGUAUACUGUGCUCAUUAACUCUUUUUGACGAGGUUUCAGAACAUACCUAAUAGCUCUAACUUUUGCAAAACUUUGGAUAUUUUAAUGCCCUUUCUUUUUAUUUCUUUAAAUUUUAGUAUCCUACUUUUAUGCCAUAGAUAGGUAAUAAAUACAUCAGGCCAGUGUUCCUAUUAUUCCCUAAUGUAAAACUGGACUUACUUAUAAUAUUAAUUAUGCAACCUAUGUAAGAAUGACAGUCUGUUAAAUGUAGAUAUAUGGCACUUAAUGAACAUGUGUCUCGAAAAACAUAAUUUUGUCCUUUUC